AACUCGGUAGGUGGAUUCGGCCUUGAGACGCCACCUAUCACUUUAAAACAAUCCAACAACUUCCUUCCUCACCAACAAGCUUGAGCUUGAGGGGAAAAAUGGCCCUGAAUCUAUGGACGCAGCUCACGGAAGCUAUCUUCCAGUACACUGGCCUGUCGCCGACGGCGUUCUUUACCAUUGCGGCCAUGAUGGUGGUGACUUACAAGGUGGUUUGCGGGAUGUUCGGCGCCGACGAUGACGACAUGUAUGUGAAGAAGGCCGAGGAGGCCGCCAGCCGCCAGCAGCCCUUACAUAUGGGCGAUAUGACCGAAGAGGAGCUUUUAGCUUACAAUGGCUCCGAUCCUAAAAAGCCCUUGCUCAUGGCUAUCAAACGACAAAUCUACGAUGUCUCUAGCUCCAGGAUGUUCUAUGGUCCUGGUGGGCCUUAUGCAAUGUUUACUGGGAAGGAUGCAAGCAGAGCCUUAGCUCAACUGUCAUUUGACCCUAGAGAGAUUAAUGGGAACCUUGAAGGCCUAAGUGAUGAUGAGCUUGAAAUUCUGCUAGACUGGGAGUAUAAAUUCAUGGAGAAGUAUGCUAAGGUGGGGCAGCUUGUUCCAAAGAAGAUGGUCGGUGAGUUGCUCGAGGGUAAAGAAACUGGCAACAAGGUAGUGGGAAGAAGUAUAAAUGACGAAAACCAUGAACACGAUAAACUCCAGGGAAGUAAAAACAGCAAUGAAGAUGAUGAAGCACAACCAGAAACUCAGUGAUCAAGAUGUGGUUCCCUGUUGUCCACUUGGUAUGGCUUGGUAGAAGGAAAUGUAUACAUAAAGAUCAGAGAUGUAGUUAAUGGAGUUAUUGUUGAUUAGUUGAGGUUAUAAGCUACAAAGCAGAACAAACAAUUUGUUAAUAGUUCUUCUGAACUGCCAUUGUGGCUGUGUAUUCAUUCCCUACUACCUAGUCAUUACUAGAGACUCAAACACACGGAUUAAUGAAAUGGUAUUUCACUAUUGACAUCAAACCUUGUUAUUUAGUGGUGUCAACUUUAAAUUUCAUAGGAGAGAUUUUAAUUUAGUUUUUAUUCAUCUCGGUUGUAAUUUAAAACGAAAAAAUGUAUUUGUAGUC